AUGGCGACGAGGAGCAGCCCUAGCCCCAUGCCCGUGGGCGCGGCGCAGGGUGACCCCGGGGAGGCAGCGGCCCUGCCGGGCCCCGCCGCGCCGCCGAAGACGCAGCCCAAGAAGGUGCGCAAGAUCAAGGCGCUCAUCAUCGACCUGGGCUCGCAGUACUGCAAGUGCGGCUACGCGGGGGAGCCCCGGCCCACCUACUUCAUCUCCUCCACCGUGGGCAAGCGCUGCCCCGAGGCGGGCCAGGCCGGCGACACGCGCAAGGAGACCUACGUGGGCCACGAGCUGCUCAGCACCGAGGCGCCGCUCAAGCUGGAGAACCCGCUCAGGCACGGCGUCGUGGUGGACUGGGACUGCGUGCAGAGCAUCUGGGAGUACAUCUUCCACACGGCCAUGAAGAUCCUGCCCGAGGAGCACGCCGUGCUGGUCUCCGACCCGCCGCUCGGCCCCAGCAGCAACCGCGAGAAGUACGCGGAGCUCCUGUUCGAGACCUUCCGCGUCCCGGCCAUGCACGUGGCGUCGCAGGCGCUGCUGUCCGUCUACUCGUACGGCAAGACCUCGGGGCUGGUGGUGGAGAGCGGGCACGGCGUGUCGCACGUGGUGCCCAUCUCCGAGGGCGACGUGCUGCCGGGCCUGCCGGGCCGCGCCGACUACGCCGGCAGCGACCUCACCAGUUACCUGAUGCAGCUGCUCAGCGAGGCGGGCCACCAGUUCACGGGGGACCACCUGCACAUCAUCGAGCACAUCAAGAAGAAGUGCUGCUACGCGGCGCUGCUGCCCGACGAGGAGCUCCGUCUGCCCCUGGAGGAGCUGCGCGUGGACUACGAGCUCCCCGACGGCCAGCUCAUCACCAUCGGCCAGGAGCGCUUCCGCUGCUCCGAGAUGCUCUUCAAGCCCUCCCUGGUGGGCUGCAGCCAGCCGGGGCUGCCGGCGCUCACGGCCGCCUGCCUGGGCCGCUGCCAGGAGGCGGGCUUCAAGAAGGAGAUGGCCGCCAACGUGCUGCUGUGCGGCGGCUGCACCAUGCUGGACGGCUUCCCCGAGCGCUUCCAGCGCGAGCUGAGCCUCCUGUGCCCCGGCGACAGCCCUGCUGUGGCUGCUGCUCCCGAGAGGAAGACGUCGGUGUGGACCGGCGGCUCCAUCCUGGCCUCCCUGCAGGCCUUCCAGCAGCUCUGGGUCAGCAAGGAGGAGUUCGAGGAGCGGGGCAGCGCGGCCAUCUACAGCAAGUGCUGA